ACAGGGCUGUCCCUUUGCAGCGUUCCGCCACCUGUGGUGUAGGCUUGCAGCACUGGGGUCUUUAACCGCAACAGGCUAACGGCGCUUUGUCAGUAUUAACAGGUGUUUCUUAGCUCACGCACGUACGUUUGGAAAUGUUCGUUGUACACAAGGGGGCAUUUACCCUGCAGGGGCGUUUGACUGCAGUGAGCUCCACCUUGGCCAGUGGUGUGUGCGUCUCCUCUGUCCAGUCAAACAUGCUGAACGGCAUUGUGGGACAGACGGUCACGUUCCCCUCAGUGGUGAAGGAGAUCGGCUUCAUUUUAAAAAAUGGCAGCGGAAUUGCGAAGGUGGUCAAUCGCAUCCUCCAGCUCACCAAUGGCAGCUACGGCACCCGGCUGCAGUGGAACAGCAGCACUGGACUCUUCUCCCUGACUGACCUGAGGAGGGGGGACUCUGGAGGGUACAGGGUACAGCACAAGGAUGGCAAAACCGAUGACUACCAGCUGGUUGUGUGGGAUCCAGUACCCAGACCACAGGUGUCCAGCAGAAACAAGAUGAAACCCGGCUGCAGUGUGCUGUGCUCUGUGGAGAAUGGGAGAGAGGUCACCCUGUCCUGGCACAGAGAGGGGCAGACACUGUCCCACACCAGCAGCCCUAAUUUCAGCUCCCCCCUGUCCGUCCCUCUGGAGAUAGAAACGAACAGCGCCCCCUACAGCUGCGUGGCAACAAAUCCUGUCAGUAAUAAGACUGUCACAGUCAGACCUGAAGAGCACUGCUUCGGUGUGCGCGUCUCCUCUGUCCAGUCGAACAUGCUGAACGGCAUUGUGGGACAGACGGUCAUGUUCCCGGCUGCAGUGAAGGAGAUCGACUACAUUGUCAAAGAUGGCAGCGUAAUUGCGAAGGUGGUCAAUCAGACCAUCCAGCUCACCAAUGGCAGCUACGGCACCCGGCUGCAGUGGAACAGCAGCACUGGACUCUUCUCCCUGACUGACCUGAGGAGGGGGGACUCUGGAGGGUACAGUGUACAGCACAAGGAUGGCACUGCAGCCUACCAGCUGGUUGUGUGGGAUCCAGUACCCAGACCGCAGGUGUCCAGCAGGAACAAGAUGAAACCCAACUGCAGUGUGCUGUGCUCUGUGGAGAAUGGGAGAGAGGUCACCCUGUCCUGGCACAGAGAAGGGCAGACACUGUCCCACACCAGCAGCCCUAAUUUCAGCUCCCCCCUGUCCCUCCCUCUGGAGAUGGAAGAGAACAGCGCCCCCUACAGCUGUGUGGCAACAAACCCUGUCAGUAAUAAGGCUGUCACAGUCAGACCUGAAGAGCACUGCUUCGGUGUGCGCGUCUCCUCUGUCCAGUCGAACAUGCUGAACGGCAUUGUGGGACAGACGGUCAUGUUCCCGGCUGCAGUGAAGGAGAUCAACUACAUUUUCAAAGAUGACAGCGUAAUUGCGAAGGUGGUCAAUCAGACCAUCCAGCUCAUCAAGGACAGCUACGGCACCCGGCUGCAGUGGAACAGCAGCACUGGACUCUUCUCCCUGUCUGACCUGAGGAAGGGGGACUCUGGAGGGUACAGGGUACAGCACAAGGAUGGCAAAACCGAUGACUACCAGCUGGUUGUGUGGGAUCCAGUACCCAGACCACAGGUGUCCAGCAGGAACAAGAUGAAACCCAGCUGCAGUGUGCUGUGCUCUGUGGAGAAUGGGAGAGAGGUCACCCUGUCCUGGCACAGAGAGGGGCAGACACUGUCCCAUACCAGCAGCCCUAAUCUCACCUCCAACCUGUCCCUCCCUCUGGAGAUAGAAACGAACAGCGCCCCCUACAGCUGUGUGGCAGCAAACCCAGCAAGGAAGGAGACAUUCCCAGUCGAACCUGAAAAGUACUGCUAUGAAUCCGUGUCGAAGCCUCAUAUUACAUCAGUAGCCGAAGGGGGCAGAAGCUGCUCACUGCAGUGCUCUGUGCAGAAUGGGAGAGAGGUCACCCUGUCCUGGAGGACAGAGGGACAGAGACUGUCCCAAACCAGCAGCCUGAGUCUCAGCACCCUGUCCCUCACUCUGGAGAUAGAGGUGUCCAACUUCACCUACACCUGUGUGGCUAUAAACCCAGGCAGUGAGGAGAAAACAGCUUUUCACCCCACACAGGUCUGCAGGCCGAAGGGUCAUGGUUCCCAUGAUGCUCUGCUGUAUAUAAUGUUUGUGUUGAGGCUGGUGGAGUUUGUGUUGGUGACCCUGGCUGUCGGUCUUUUAAUCCAUCAGUACAGAAAAGGAAGAAUUCUUACUUUGCCCAGCACUGAGAGGAGAAGAAGAAGAAGAUCUUCUGAGACAGUUACAGAGCUGUAACGCAAAUGUGCACAUGCACAUGGCCAGUGUAUCUUUCUCCCUGGUGCUUUCAUUGAACAGCAGCUCUCAUUCUCUCAAAAAUAGCUCAGCUUUUUUUUUCUUUAGAUAAAAAUGGUCAGCUGCAGGUACAUGUCAUCCUUAAGGAGGCUGUGCAUGUUUAGGAGCGGGACAGUAUAUUGGGAGUUAACUCCACCAGUGUGAAUCUGAGUUACCAGGAAGUGUUCACAUCCUGGUGCAGUUUCACCUGGUGAUGGCAGAGCUGUCUGCUCCCUACAGAAUUACAUUACAGAUAUUAAACAAUAGAUUUCUCAAUAUUUUUUUUCAGUUAAUGACAAAAUAGCACGUUGAGAAUUUAGCGGUAAUUUUAGACGUUUCGUUUGAACCUUCAAGCCUGUGUCAGAUCUAACCAAACUGACUUUCUUUUAUUUAAGGUGAGUGACACAGGCUAUAGGCUCAUUCAUGCAUGCUUUUAAGAUUUUUUGUUGGUUUGAUUAUUUUCUGAUUUAAUAUUGAAUUGCUGUUUUAUUAUCUUAUUUGUACAUAAUUUUAUUUGUUAUUAUUUCUCCUUAUUCUUAUUUCUUGUCUUAUUGUUUUAUUUUAUUGUUUUUGCUAAUUUUAAGUCUCAUUCCCAAAUACAUCCUGCAAAAUGAUGUAUGAAAGGUGUAAUACAAAAUGAUGAAGAUGACGAUGAAGAUGAUGAUGAUUAUUAUUAUUAUUAUUAUUGCUGUUGUAUACUGUUCCUGUGCUGUAUUAUUAUUAUUAGUAUUAUUAUAAUAAGCCAGUGACAAGAAAUAAAGGAGUUUUUACAAAUCUG